ACAGGAAAUGUUACGAUGGUGACGUCGACAUAUCAGUUUCGCGGUAAGGAACAAAAUAAAUUCAUCCAUCAAGCCAAGUUUCUGUUCAUCGAUGCAACCAAGGCUUUCAGAAUUUGCAGUGUCCGAAACCCUAAUCUGGUGCGCUGUUGUGGAAGGGUAGUAAAGCUGGUGCUGGAGUCUGUUGCUCCCUCUUUCGCCAUCGAGCCGGGUCGUAGUUCUCCCCAUUUGAUCGCCGAGACCGUCGCUGCUCGUCUCCACCCCUCCACCAUGGCGGACGCUGCCGAAGUUGAGGUUGCACAGCCCAAGAAGAGAACGUUUAAGAAGUUCACCUUCCGAGGAGUGGAUCUAGAUGCUCUCCUUGACAUGAGCAUGGAUGAGCUCGUUGAGCUUUUCCACGCUCGCGCCCGCCGCAGGUUUCAGCGCGGAUUAAAGCGCAAGCCCAUGGCUUUGAUUAAGAAACUGCGCAAAGCUAAGCGUGAGGCACCAGCUGGCGAGAAGCCUGAACCUGUGAGGACUCACCUCCGCAACAUGAUCAUCGUUCCUGAGAUGAUUGGCAGCGUCAUUGGUGUUUACAAUGGCAAGACCUUUAACCAGGUGGAGAUCAAGCCUGAGAUGAUUGGACACUACUUGGCAGAGUUUUCCAUAUCGUACAAGCCUGUGAAGCAUGGUAGGCCCGGUAUCGGAGCUACCCACUCCUCCCGAUUUAUCCCUCUCAAGUAGAAAGAGAGUAUUGGGAGUAGCUGGCACUUGCAUAUCUUUCUGUUCAUACCAGGCCGAGAUUGGUCGAUAGUGUGAGAAAUUUUGGUGUAACGCUGGUUAAUCAAGUGCUUCUCUGGUUUGGUGGAUGCAUUUUAUUCUUUGUAUCCUUCAGGGUUAAAUUCAUUAAAACAUGAUGUUGACUUUUUA